UAGCAGUUGGCUAUCGAUACGCUAUAGUGCUUACUCGUCAAACAACAGGCAUAUUCUUUUUUACACCAAAUGUAAUAUUGAUGCCUCUCUCCACUUCUCUUUGUAGCUUUUCACCUAUACGGUCUCUUCAUGUGCAGGAAUCGUCUGUCACUUCAUCUCCUUUUCCAUUCUCUGCGAACAAAGGAAUCGUUGGUUUAAACAUAGGACAAGCCAACAAAAACGAUAGGAGGAAGAGAGAUAUUAUUACAAUGCAGUAAAGUAAAAAAAAUGACAUCCAUCACGCAUUAGGUAUUUCUCAGAACAAGCAGGUACUCCGGUAUUUAUAAGCCAAGGCAUUGGGUCUCUAAUCUGCAGUCUGCCCCCCUCUUGGAGACAAGCAAGAACAUCUGCAAACUGAAAGAAAGAAGGGAUGAUGAAGAAGGGGAAGUGGUCCAGGGAAGAGGAUGACUUGAUGAAAAAACACAUUGAGAAGUAUGGCAUUGGCCGUAGUUGGCAGGCAUUGGCUGAAACUUUAGGGCUUCAGCGUUGCGGCCGGGGCUGCCGAGCGCGGUGGCUGAACUACCUCCGGCCGGGACUGAAGCACGGCAACUUCACGCCGGCAGAGGAGAGCAUCAUCUGUGAGAUGUACAGCAAGAGGGGAAGCUGCUGGUCCGUCAUCGCCGCCCAGCUCCCCGGGAGAACAGACCUCGCCGUCAAGAACUACUGGAACGGCACCAUCUCGAAGAGGUUCCACUGGGCGAGCAGCGCGGCCGCCGCGCGCCGCAGGCGCAGUCUCCACCGCCCCUCCUCCAGCACGACGUCGGACGCCACCGAGCCGGAGGAGCUCGCGCUCGUCGUCCACGACGAGGCGAGCUCCACGACAGGAUCGUCAUGCUAUGCCGGCGGCUUCGUGGACGGAGCCGGCUCGCCGCCGCUCGUGCAAGCGCAGACACCGCUGGCGGCGGGCGGCUGGAACGCGGCGAAAGAAGAGGCCGGUGAUGAGACGGUGCCGAUUGAGAGGAAGCCGGUCGUGGCGCCUGCGCCUCUGCCAGAGAAUGCACCGGCGCCGCCUGGUGAUGGGGCCGGUGCGAUGGGCAUGGUCUGCUCCCCCAUGACUGCGAACCCCCUGCCGUCCAUGGAGCCGGACGACAUGCCUUGGAUUGACGGUUUCGACGAGAUCGACAGCUUCCUGCCCUGGUUCGAUGACUAG